AUGUCGUACUUUUUCAAGUCAAAGAUCCCCCGUGCGUGGAGAAUUACUGCCGUUGCAACUACAGGUGUUAUGAUCAUGGGAGUUUCCUUUAAUACAUGGAAGACACUCUCAGGAAAGGUUGAAUCUAUUCCAAAGUUUGAUACCAACGCUAUUGUGCGUGUAGAAGAACAUGCCCGAUACCCUUGCAAAACAUUUAGUGGUUAUUCUGUUGUAGUGUGGAACUACUACCUUCGCAAUUCGGUAAGUAAUGACAACUUGGAAAGCGGAAACAGUAGAAAUACUCAGAAGAAUGAUAAUGAGAAGAAUUUGGGUGAUAUCUUUAGAGGAAUACUCGCGUUGUUUUCCAAUGAGACAAACAAAAUAACAGAAUCCGCAGAUCCAUCUGCAAAUGAAAAUCAACUCCAUUUUGUGCGUGAGGUGGUGGGAGAUGGAGGAACUCCAUCCAAUACGGUUGAAUCUUCUACAUCUAUGAUAUCAUCAUCAUCAUCAUCAUCAUCCGUACCAUUUGUGGCCGCUUCUACUUGGCCAGCUGGAACUUCAAAAUAUGCGGCCAUGACGAUUGAACCUUCUUCCAAUGGUAGUGCAGUUGUUGGUGGUCUGCUGCGGCAAUUAGCAGAUCGUGCAACCCAUCAGUCACUUGUUCGUUGUGAUCCUUUCGCAUCUGCAUCUAUGAACUGUAUGGGGGAUCCAAGUUAUUUGGGAGCGGCUUAUCUGCGGGUUUUAUUAAGUGCCUUUCUUCUUUUACCAUCACCGUUGCCGCGAUUACGUGUGGCUGUACUCGGCGUUGGUGGUGGAUCACUACCAUCUUUUCUUCAACAGUACUUCUCACAAGACAUGACACGACUGGAUUUGGUAGAUGCAGAACCUCAAUGUUUUCAUGCAGCAGUAAAUGAUCUUGGGAUGCGUGAGAGAAUGCGUGGUGGUGUUGUUGCUUAUCAUAUACGUGAUGGGGCAGCAUUCUUGCAAGAUGUUGUUGGAGUUUCAGGUACUCAUGUGAGGACGAGUGGCAGUCAUUCCUCCUCACCUGUUAUUUUUUCGGAUGAGAAGGAAAUAUCUAGUGUGGGACCGCAAAAGGAAUCUGGAUUUGCACGACGAUAUGAUGUUCUCUUUGUGGAUCUUUUUGUUGGGAGUUCACCUCCUGUUUUUCUCUCUUCUGUUCCAUUCCUAUCAUUAUGUCAUGAGUCUCUUUCUUCUGUUGGUGUAGCCGCAUUUAAUUUACCUGCCGCAGAUCCUGUAUUUAUGGAUAGUUGUCAUCGAGUCUUUGGGCAACAGAAUGUCUAUCAAAUCCCAGUUCCUGCCUCUGCAAAUGUAGUAGUGCUUGCGAGGCGCACAACCACAACGCAUGGGGAUAUAAAUGAGGCGACACGUCUUUCAAAGCGACACUUUUGUUGGCGUGCAGAAGAGUUGCAAAAAACACACAAAUUGCCUUUUGAUUUAUCGGGACAUUUCCCAUUAUGGUGGCGUUUGUGGUGA